AUGCCGCUCGCACCGCCCCUCAACUUCCCGCUUUGGCUCUCGGAGAAUUCGCACCUCCUCCGUCCGCCGGUUGGCAACUACUGUGUGUAUUCGGGGAAGGAUCAUAUCGUAAUGGCUGUCGGAGGGCCGAAUGAGCGAAAUGACUACCACAUCAACGAGACGGAGGAGUGGUUCUACCAGCACAAGGGCGACAUGCUGCUCCGCGUUGUUGAUGAUGGAGAGUUCCGCGACAUUCCUAUUAAGGAGGGAGAGAUGUUCCUCCUGCCUGGAAAUGUUCCGCACAAUCCGGUUCGCUUCGCCGACACCGUCGGCAUUGUCAUCGAGCGCGUACGUCCAGAAGACUCGACAGACCACCUCCGCUGGUACUGCCGUGAGCCGGUUCACGACAAGCCGACCAUCAUCCACCAGGACGACUUCCAUGUUACCGAUCUUGGAACACAGCUCAAGCCGCUCAUCCAACGCUGGCAGACAGACCCGGAGCGCAGGACUUGCAAGGAGUGCGGGAAGAUCGCACCGCCGAAGUAA